AGCCUCGGCAGGAGACGUUUUACGCGCUGAAAUAAUGGACGGUAAUUAGUAGGCUUUACCUUUGCAUUAGAGGAUUUAUACUGAUUCAGCCAAAAAUCUAGCAAAAUGUGGACAAUUCCGAAGCCAAAUUACAGAACAGGUUUGUGUGACGAGGGGGAGAUUGCUGUGAACAUCGGUGGAGUUCGACUGGUGCUUUUCGAGGAUGUUUUGAACCGCUACCCGGAGAGCAGACUGGCUGAGUUGGUGAACUGCUCCACUCAGAAUUAUGAACUUAUCUCGUCGCUUUGUGAUGACUUUGAUCCAGGCAGAAAAGAGUUUUACUUUGACCGAGAUCCAGAUUCUUUCAAGUGCAUCAUAGACGUUUACUAUUUUGAUGAAAUCCACAUCAAAAGCGGCAUUUGCCCUAUCUGUUUCCUCAAGGAGAUGGAGUUCUGGAAAAUAGACCAAAGUGCUUUAGACGAAUGUUGUAAAAGUUACCUAAGUGAAAAGGAGGAGGAGCUGAAAGAGAUUGCAAAUAAAGUGAAGGUGAUUUUAGAGGAUCUGGAGGUGGAUCAGUGCAUUACGCGCAUUCAGCGGUGCCAGAGGUUUCUGUGGAAGCUAUUGGAGAAGCCGGGUUCUUCCUUGCCGGCACGCAUCAUCGCCAUAGCAUCCUUCCUCUUCAUCCUGAUCUCGGCAGUGGUGAUGUGCAUGGGAACCAUCCCGGAACUCCAGGUCACAGACUCCGAAGGGAAACUGGUGGAACAUCCGACCUUGGAGGCGAUCGAGACCGUUUGUAUGUUAUGGUUCACUGCAGAGUAUGUCCUGCGCCUCGCCUCCUCUCCGAACAAGCUGCGCUUUGCACUCUCCAUCAUGAACAUCAUAGACUUUAUGACUAUCAUGCCUUUCUACGUGGUCCUGUCCCUCACCUAUCUCGGCACUACAUCCAUGAUGGAGCUGGUUAACGUCCAACAGGCUGUGCAGGCGCUCCGCAUCAUGCGUAUCGCGCGUAUCUUCAAGCUGGCGCGCCACUCCGCAGGGCUGCAAACUCUGACCUAUGCCCUGAAGAGGAGCCUCAAAGAGCUAGGGCUGCUCCUCAUGUACAUGGGCGUGGGGAUCUUCGUGUUCUCGGCGCUGGCCUAUACCAUGGAGCAAAGCCACCCGGAGACUCUUUUCAGAAGCAUCCCACAGUCCUUUUGGUGGGCCAUUAUCACUAUGACCACGGUGGGUUAUGGUGACAUCUACCCCAAAACCACGCUCGGCAAGUGCAACGCAGCCGUGAGCUUUCUAUGUGGGGUGAUAGCCAUCGCCUUGCCCAUCCACCCCAUUAUUAAUAACUUUGUUAUCUUCUACAAUAAGCAGAAAGUGCUGGAGACUGCAGCAAAGCACGAAGUGGAGCUGAUGGAGCUGAAGUCUGGCAGGCAGGCACGCCGAAAAAGUAGGAAUUAAGAUGCGUCUGCGCGCAGCAACAGUUUCAGCAAGUUACCACUAUUUAAAAGUUAUUGUCAUUAGACUGAAUAAUAAAAGCGAUUUCGCAUUCAAAUAAAUGUGAACAUUUAACAGCAUUUGUCCAUAAUGGAGUGCACCAAAAAAAAA